GCUUUAGUGUCACUUUGCUAGGCUCACUUAUAAAUGUGAACAGCCCAAAACUUUUGCAUUAUUUAUUACAUAAAACUCAGAAGUAGGCAUCAGUUAUGUUACACGUUUAUAUAUGUUCUUGGUUUGUGAUUAUGGUUAGCUUAGACAACAUUAAGCUAACCAUGAGCUGGCUGCUCCAAUGCUGACUUGAAGGCUACCAAUUUUAUCAUCCAUUAGUAUUUUGCUUAUUUCCCAAAAUGUUGAAUUUUUAGUUUUCGAUUUUUCUCCAGACACCUAAAAGUUACACCAAACGCUGCACUACUCCAACCACCCAUUCACAUGUUGAGGUCAUAGCCACUCACUCUUCGGGUAACCGCACUGUUAACCAUCAUGACGGCGAUCACGUCAAACGUAUUUUCAAUAGACUUAAUAUAUAUCUCUGGGGUGUCGUAUUUGGCUUUGGGGAUUUUGUUAAAUUGCUAAAUUUUCCUGUAUCCUCCGUCCCUCCCACUCACAUGCUGCCAUUUUAAUACUGCCAGCAGUAAUGAUGUAACUAUUUUAUAGACACUUGCUGCACUCUAUAACAUUAAAAUCCCCUAUUGCCUAUUAUUUAACCAGCCCUGUUUCUCUCUCUCUCAUUCUUUCCAUCUCUUUCGAUGUCUCUUUUUCUCUCCUCCCCUCUUCCAUUGUUAACUCUUCCCUUCUCCCCUGUUUGGCCUUUCAGUGCAGCACCAUUUGGCCAGUGUGCAGGAGAGGAAGAUUAAGCAUGAGAGCGAUGGAGUGCAGUUUCCUUACCAUGGACUCUCGUCGCCUGGUUCACUUAAGAAGCCGGGGAAAUUCGAUUUCAGCGCCCUGUCCUCCCAGACGAGGUCCCCCCGCAUGGCGUUCACCCACCACCCACUGCCAAUGCUGGCGGGAGUGAGACCAGGGAGCCCCCGUGCUUCUGCCUCGGCCCUGCACUUCCCGUCUCCCUCCAUCAUCCAGCAGUCUAGCCCCUACUUCACCCACCCAACCAUCCGCUAUCACCACCACCCUGGACAGGAUCCCCUGAAGGAAUUUGUGCAGUUUGUCUGUGCCGAUGGCUCAGGGCAGGCCGCUGGGCAGCCAAACGGGAGCGGCCAGAGCAAAAUGCCAGGCUCCUUCUUGCUGCCUCCACCUCCCCCAGUGGCCCGCCCAGUGCCCCUUCCCAUGCCCGACUCUAAACCCAACAGCACGCCCCCUGACGGCGGACUCUCCUCGCCCGCAUCUCCGUCAUACUCCACGCCAGGCGCCACAGCUCCCAACAGGUUUGUCGGCAUCGGAUCACGGGACAACAACUUUCUGAACAUCCCGCAGCAGACACAGUCUUGGUUCCUCUGACAAGAUCUGUGUGCAAACCAGCAACUAGAAUUCUUUCUUUGCAAUCAGAAAUAGAAAAACAACAACAAAAACCACAAAAAGAACCAGAGAAACAACCCGCAGGAUAAUAAUUGUCCUCCAACCAACCCACCGACUGGCCCUGACAGUAUGUCUCACCUGAUACAAAAUGUAACCAGGCAACGCAGGAAAUUACAGCAGCAUGACGCUUUUAGUGGAACUCUGGACUUAUUUACACACAGUCAGAGGCAGGACCCGUUUCAAGCAAAGACGGAUACGUUGAAAGACGAAUAGAUGGACAAGAGGAUGCCGGGAUGACAGGGAGAAGGGGGGGUAAGGGGACAGCAGCAGCAAGGAGGCAUCUCUCCUCAAACCACCGAACCAGCACAGCAGCGCAGGAGGAACCUGAGGACGGAAAGCCGUCGGCUUCUCCUACUUUAUAAAGACGCAUUGUGUAACAAAUGGCUUAGAAAGAUCAGUUGUCUAGCAAAUACAAAUUCAAGUCACAGUCUAAUCAAAGCAAUUCGGUUCCCAGGGAAAGCUGCAGUCCACGCUCCUGUGAUGUCUGUCAUCACUCAAAACAAAAUCCAAAUGACCAAUGUUUCUAUCCUUCUGAAUGACCUAAAAUAGCCCCUUUCACCCUACUACUAACUAGUGACCAUGCCAAAACUUGAUUAAGGGUUGCACUACAAGCUGAAUCAAUUAACACUAAUCUUAAAGAUGUGCACUAUUUACCUACAAGGCAUGGGAGGUAAACCAGACUUGCCUAUUUUAAAAGUUUUAAAGAGGAAACAAACCUGAGGUACAAGAAGCCUUCACAAUCCUCAGCCCCAUCUUUCAGUUCGACAGAUCAUCGGCCUCCACUCACUCUCACGUCUCCCCACAUUCAGAACAAUCACUCAGUCUGUGCCAUGACCACAGCAUGUAUGAACACACACACACACACACGUGCCCAGUCUCACAUUUAGGUUGUAGUAUUUAUAGGUGGUGGUGUUGUGUUAUUUCACUCUUAUUUUUUAAGCCCAGUGAAGUCUUUCUACCUUAAUUAGAUAUCCAAACAUUGCGCACACACACACACACACACACACACACUGAAAAUCGCAGUGUGACUAUAUAAUUACUGACAGCUUCACAGCUACAGGCAGCAGCUAUUGGUUCCCAAUUUGCCCUUAUGUAAUGUAGAUGAAUGAUUUUAUUAUCUCUCGUGUGUUCUCUUAUUUGAAUUUAUUCCUCUUUUGGAUUUGUACUAUUUUAUAAUUGUUUUGUAUUUGAAUGACAGCACCUUAAAGAGAAACACAGUCAGAAGCGGUAUGUUGAAGCAGUGGAGACAGGGUGGUUAGCUAACCCAGAUCAAGUAGUGCUUGCAAAAACAUUUGGGAAAUAUGCUUAUUUUUCCAGGGAGUUGAGAUGAGGGAUUGAUGCCACUACAUCACACAGCUGGUUGGCUUAGCUGAGGUUAGCUGGCUUGGUUCUGUCCAAAGUUAAUAAAACCACCAAACCUGCACCCCCAGUGACCGUUUUGAUUAUAUGAUGAUUUUAUAUCGACGUAUCCAUGCAGAAUAUGAGCAGUUUUAAGAGGGUUUAGACCCGAAACCCGUUUGGUAAUUUUUUAGGAAUGUUCAAAUCAACUCUGCGACAGUUUAGACGGCGGAAACCUAGAAAGAACAAAGCAUUUGAAAGUAAUCCACUGGGUAACUGGUGUUGAUUGUAUAUGUUAAGUCGAGCUUUUUGGCAGUUGGACAUCAUAAGCUAACUGUGGCUUUGACUUAAAACCCAGGAACACAUGCAAAAGCAUGACUGCUUCACUAGAAAUUCAGAGUUUAUAUCAAUGAAGACUUCAGUUUAGCGAUUGAGAUCAUGAAUUCAUUACAAAAGUACUUCUUGAGGUCAGAAAUGAAGUGAUACGGAGGAUCGUUUCCUCAUAGACUUGGAUACAAUCAGAUUUUGCAAACAGGAGUCGCCCCCUGCUGGCCGUUAGAAAAAGCCCAGGUUUUCAGCACUUCCGCUCUAGCCUCACUUUCCACCAGAGGCGGAGCUUAUAUGUCCUUAGUUGACACUUCACUUUGCUUUUAUCCUGAUUCUAGUAGAUUGGAACUACCCUGACUAAUUCAAUUUUAUUUAAUUUUAUUUAUAUAACGCCAAAUCGCAAUGCCAGUUGCCUCAAGGUGCUGAAUAUUUUAAGGUAAAGACCCUGCAAUAAUACAGAGAAAACCCCAGUAAUCACAUGACCCCUGUGAGCAAGUGGUGACAUUGGCAAGGAAGAACUCCCCUUUAACAGGAAGAACUCCCCUUUAACAGGAAGAACUCCCCUUUAACAGGAAGAAACCUCGGCGACUGUUCGGGGUGAAGGGAGUAAGAUUCACACGAAUGCGGGGACCCUCGUUACCUUUGAACAGAGCCAGGCUAGCUGCUUCAUGUAAAGGUGACCCAAUUGGUAGCUAGCUGCAGCGCCAUAUCAACACGAGUGGCGUGAAUCUUCUCAAACGUCCUGGAACAAGCAUAUUUUCCAAGUGCCAGAUGAACGUCUCCUGUAGGACAACACGAUGCAGGGUUUUGACAAUCACAGGAAGCUGAUUUUUCUGGGAGAUCGCCUGCUCGGCCAUAACGGUCAGGGGAAGAAGACGAAAUAGUCACGCCUACUAUUUGGAUCCAGGUACAGCUAGUGGCUGCUGGUGGGGAUGUACGAGUGAUAGAAAACAGAUGUGAGGAGGGAAGGUUGCUGAAGAUGGGACCCAGAGUUAAGGAGAGAGUAGCUCUUCUUUCUGUCUCCCUAAAGUUUACCCUGUUGUUUACACUCCCAGACGAGCCGCUGCUCCAAGAGCAGAGGGGGCCACACUGCGGAGCAAAAUGAAUAUGUGACAUAUCUGUUUUUGAGGGGACGAGAGCCGAGGCUUAGCAGUAGGACGGAUCACGGGUGUGCCCGUUUAAACGCCGGCGCACAGGAUCAGGCAAAGGCUGCUUGGUAGUGUUGGAUAUAGCAUUCCCACAACACACACUUACACGCACACACACGCACCAGCACUCCCCCUGAGCUACGGUGAAUGGAAGAGCCCUUAUAGAUCAAAAAACUGCACUAAUACAAUCAUGCCAGCCAACCUUAUCACUUUUUGUUGUAAUGGUUACAAUAGAUCGACCACCACUUAGUAUUGCAAAUCAGUGGAUGUAUUACUGGGAUGGAAUCACACUUGUAGAGCACAGAUCGCCACUUCUUUAAAAACUCCACACAGACUUACGAAGACCACUCACUACUAACACGCCCCCGUGCCCGACUGAACUCAAAGGGAAGUCUUAAAGAUAGACAAUCUGAGGAGGCCUUUAUGCUUUCAAUCAUUAUCUAGAACUUUAUAAAGAAUCAGCCCACAAAUUUAGCCCUACUAAAAAGCUAAUCACCCACCCAACCUCACAAAAUAACUGGACUGCCUGGCCACGUUCUUCACUGCAGGGAAAAGCGCGACAUAGCCGGCCAAUCGAUGGCGAUCAUCUCAUCAGCUUCGUAGAGAGAUCUAGCUCCGCUGAGUCAGACAUUAACGACGGCUAAAGGUGAUUUCUUUUCUAAUCUAUGGAAGUGCCUCUGUAUUCCCAUUAUGCAAUUUGUCAAACAUGAAUUCAGGUUCUUUUUCUCACAUAUAAGCUAUAGUGAAUGGUGGAAAAACACAUUUAUGUCAGUAGGGGGAGAAAAAAACACGGUGACAGCUCACUAGAUAAUCACAAGCAUCUUUAUAUAUAAUACACAUAUAUAUUUAUAGAUAUAUACUUUUUUUAUUUGCAAGAUAAGCUCUGUGGCAGUCUAGUUAUUUUUUGAAGCAUGGCGUACAUCGCGCAGUCAUAGGAUGCAUCUCAGAAAAAAACCACACACACAGAAAAAGCUGAUUUGAGCUAAAGUACCAGUUUGUAAACCCGCUCACACCCGCGUUACAGGACAUCAAGCUAAAGGCAAACGCAACAGUAGAUACAUAGACAACAAGUGAUGAUGACGUAGUUAAAAAAAGAUAAAGCAGAUUAGGUUUGUUGUUUUCUUUCGUGUCUUGAUGGGAAGUAUUGUUCUUGAAACUAAAUGAUGUAUGUUGAUUGAGCCAUGUGCAAUGCCUUGGUAGAGGAAUUGUGUUUGUUUGUUAGCGAUUGUUUGAGGGUGUCACACAAAAAGAGGGAAACCCUCUUCUUUUUUCUUUGUUUUAUCUUUUUUGGGGGGGAGGGGCUUUUGUUUGUUUUAAAGUCCACCUGCUCCGGGACUCUAAAUACGAGAGCAGCGAGAAAAAAAAAUCCCAGUCUUUGUAAGUAAGUUUGGGGAAAUUAUUUUACAUUUUUUUGUUCAUUUUUAAAAACAAAAAACUUCAUUUCUAUUCAUUUGUUUUCAGAAACCACGGGAGGGCUGAAGGAACAAUUUUGCAACUCGUAAAAUAUAUAUCACUAUGAAAACUGGUGCUUUCGUAAAAGAUUAAAGUACAUUCAGUCUCUAUUAUACAUAAAUAAUAAUAAACAAGAACUAAGUGUUAUCAUAAAAAAGCAAAUUUUAGGAAAAUGUGCGUUAUUCUAUUUCUCUUUUUGUAUUUACCGAGGGAGGGGGGCGGGGGGUGAGAGGUUCAUUGUAGGACAAAAGGCAUUUUUCCUCCCCGAACUUUAUCGCCGCUGCAGGACAAACAAACAGGGAAAAAUGAAAAUCACGUCAGAGCUUGUGUUUUGUUUCUUUCUUUUCUUCUCCAUCAUGUUGUGUCCGACACGCCUAGCGUGGGACAAAGACAAGAUCUUCCCCGUUUCUGGGAGAUGCACAAGUACGGAUUCCCCAUUCACCACCGAUGAUGACGUCCACAGAAAUGAAAGAAAAUGUUUAUUUUGGUUUUUUAAUGUAAACGUCUACUUGUUUAAACAAGAAAGAAAGAAAGAGGGAAUUAGCGGCCUCUGUCUGGCUAGGGGGGGGGGGUGCUGUCAUCAAUUUACCAACAGUGUGAACCCUACCCCCCCAUCCCAACCCUCCACACACACAUGCACACACACACACACACACCACCAUCCUCCCCCAAUCCCCUUCCCCGCUGUAAAUGAUUAUAAAUAUUUGUUUGGUGAUGUAGUGUUUUAGACUCAGAGCAUCUUUAAAGGUCGUCCCUAAAAAGUGCCUUUUGUUCACAGAUUCCAUCUUGUAAUCCUGAGUGCCCAUCUCAAAAAAAAGUCCCCUCCUUCAUGCUUCUUCUGUAUCUUUCUCUUCCUAUUCUUCAGAGCUUUUUCAAGCAGUAUACAUAGUACUAAAGGAAAUUGGUGUGAUUUAGUUCCUCUUUUUAUUGUUGAAUUAUUAAGAAAAGACGUAAAAAAAAAAAGACAAAACCUAAAAACAACAAAAAAAAGAAUAUUUUCUGUCUUGCUUCUCUUCCUCUGUAUCUUGUCGUCUGUCUAUCUUGGACACUGGAGUAGUCUGUAGCCGCGUACCCUUCUCCCACUUCCUUCCCCCCUCCUUCCUUUUCUCCCUUUUCUCUGAACGGCGGGGUUAAAAAAAAAGAAGAAGAAUACGCAAAGGUUUUUUUUUCUUUUGUUGUCUGAGCAGAAUGCAGUUAGCUCACAUGUUAUUCUUGUCUGUACGCUUCACAUUGUAUUACCAUACCCAUCUUCUUCAGCUUCUCCAUUCAAACAGCUAAUGUAAGUGAACAAGUUACACCACAGGGCUCUGGGCUGUGCUGAGGACAAGGGCACAGGAUUAAAAAAGAAAGAAAGGUGGAGGGAUAAAAGCACGAGGAACGUGAUACUGGGCUUUAGGCGAGGGUGGUGACCAGCAGGACUGCUAGCGUAGGCAGGUUUGUUCGUUUGCAGGUUUCCUUGUUUCUGUUUUUUAAUUGAAUUUGAAAUUUUUUUAUUAUUUCGUCUUGAUGGACGAUGCGUCGUGACCUGGUUAUGCAUCUUGAGGACGAGUGAAUGAGAAUAGCUCUUAUAAAGAGAAGAAAAAACAUGAAAAAUGACUCAAAGCACCUUAAAAACAGAGCGGUGCCACAGCACAGACUUCAGCACAAUCCUUACAAAAUGUGACUUAUCGAUCCAUCACUAUCCACCAAAGUCAUGUGGUUCCAAAUCCUGUAAACAUUAGAUGUAAGCACCACCAGCAAAAUCGCGAGAAGAAAACAAAAGUUAUGCAACGUUUAAAUGUCUUUUUUUUUUUGCGUUAAGCGAAUGAAGCCAGCAGCAGUAUUAUCAGCGAAGCCUUGACGAGUGAAAGCGCCAUAGCUGAGAAGCCAUAUCAGAGACAAACAGGUCACACAGCAGAGCGAGUGUGUGUGCGUGUGUGUGUGCGUGUGUGUGUGUGCGUGUGCGCUUUAGUCGAGAGGCGGGCGUCUGCAGUAUCCGACGCCUGCACCGUUCAAGAGCCCAGUCGGACCCUGUGGCCCGUCAGCAUGUUUCACUUUUAAGUUUUCCUCGCUCAGUUUCUAUCACUGUUUUAAGGAUGCUGUUUAGCGAUGUAGUGACUGAGCUCCCAAGCUAGACUAACCCCGCCCACCACAAGUGCCCCUCCCCCUCCUUCCCCUCUGUCAGAGCCGUCCCAUCCUCAGACACACCUCCCAGAGCCCAUGGUGAAAUGCAUGUGUUAAUUACAGUUUCUUUUCCAUAAUAAUAAUAAAAAAACAGUUUGAAAAGAGCAACACCUUUACUUGAUUGAAUAAAAGGAUGUUCUUGACUGUA